CCAUGCUGCGUGGCAUGACGCCGCUCGGGGACCGGCUGGCCGACGCCGACGCCGCCUGGUGGUCCAGCGUUCUCGCGACGGUAGCCGGGAACCUGGGCACGCUGGCCAACCGGGCUGGCCGGUUGGACGAGGCCGUGGAUGUGCUCACGCUCUUCCUAACGACCGCCUCAGCCUGCGACCCGUGCCAGCUCAAGUCGUCGUCAGUGGCGAGCAAGGUGCAGGUGCUGGCGGACGCGUUGCGCGGUCGGGAGCAGUUCGCGGCGGCGCUGAGGGCGCUGGCGCGCGCCCUGCCGCUGGCGCCGCAGCACCAUCUGCAGCUGCUCGCCGGCUGGGCCAAGGUCAAACGCGACGCUGCUCGCCGGCAGCACACCGCCUGUCUGGGCGAGACGGUGCCGAAGGUCAUGCUAGAGGUACUGGGGGAGCAGCAGCGGGGCAGUGGUGACGCCACGGACACCGCCCGGCUGCUGAAGAUAGAGGUGAAGCAGUACGUGCUGAUCAGCGCCCAGGAGUUGAGCGUGCCGGUGCGGGCGGCCCUGGAGCAGCUGGCCACCCUGCCCGACCUGCGCCCGGCCGACCGCGCGUGGAUGCUGGUGACGCGCACUCGCACCGACCCGGGCCGCAGCGCCGAGCUGGCGGCCGCCGACUGCGCCCAGGCCGUGGCCAUACUGACGGACCAGGUGGGGCAGGACGGCGCCGCCUCUCCGCUGGCGCUGAACCUGUGCGUCGCCAAUUAUCACCUCUGCCUCAGCCGGAAACGGGUCGAAAUGGAGGCGUCCAAGCUGUCGCCGCUGGCGCGCCUCACGCAGCGGCCGGAACAGCCGGACGACGAGGUGGACUUGGAUGCCUCGUGCACGGUGGUGCCCGACUACCUGGCCAUCAACCUGGAGCGCGAGGACCGCACAGAGUCGGAGGACUACCCGCCCACCGACCUGCUGGCCGUGGUGCUGGGCGCUGCCCGGCUGCACUCGGGCCUGGGCUACCGGCUGCAGGCCGACAAACUAGCGGCCGACUUCCAGCGGCCGACUUACUAG